AUGACUGAAGAAGAAAGGAAGCGAGACCACGACCUUGCCAGGAAGCCCGUGAACGCAAUAAGGGUAAAAGCGUUCGUGACCCGAUCUCCUAUUCAUCACGGAGAAAUAGUGACAAAAUUCCCGUAUUUUCUUCACCGUUUGGACCGAAAGGAGCGCCGUGGUGGUGGAGUUUGCCGUCUGGUGAGAGUCAAUCUCCAUGUUCAUUCGGUUGACCGUGCAUCCCCCAACAAAGCAGAUGUCCUCCGCGUCGACCUUCUUUGUCCCCACAAUGCCUCACGAAUUCGCUUUAUUCUCGUGUAUCGUCCACCCAAUGUGAGCAAAAAUGUGGAUGAGGAACUUAUUGAUGUCCUUCGUGACACUGUCGCAACUCAUACUAACACCAUAAUGCUAGAGUCAUCCUUGUUUCUGAAGUUCUUCCGAGGCAGUGGCCUCAAACAGCAUGUUUCUCUACCAACCCAUGGCAGGAACAUUCUUGAUUUAGUGUUGUCGACAUUUAACAACAUAAGAGAGGUCACGAUUUCGUCUCCGCUGGCAAACUCUGAUCACUCCAUUGUUCGUUUCAAAGUACUCGGAGACCUCGACAGUUACUCCACUGUCCCUCUUCCCGACUUCUUGAAUGUCGAUUAUAGAGGUCUAGACGGUUAG